GCCAUAAGUCAGGGGAAAUCAACACCGAGAUUGUUUUCCUGGGAGAGGUCCCUCCUUCUUUGGAAUUGGAAACCAUAUUUAAAUGCUACAUGGCCUAUACAACUUUUGUUUCUGGAUCUGCACUGAAGUGGGAGGAUCUGAGGCGAGUUGCGGUGGAAGAUGCAGAAGCGUGCCUGAUCAUAGCCAACCCUCUGUGCAGUGACUCCCAUGCUGAAGACAUCUCGAACAUUAUGAGGGUGCUCUCUAUUAAGAACUAUUACCCUAAGACCAGAAUCAUCAUACAGAUACUUCAGUCCCAUAACAAGAUUUAUCUGCCGAAGAUUCCCAGCUGGAACUGGAGUACUGGAGACAACAUCAUCUGCUUUGCUGAACUAAAGCUUGGAUUUAUCGCCCAAGGCUGUUUGGUGCCAGGCUUAUGUACCUUUCUAACGUCUCUAUUUGUUGAGCAAAACAAAAAGAAAGUGGCAGGGAACUUCAAUAUCUGUGAUGAUUAUGGUGUUAAUCUUCAUAGGUGGAGAAAAUGCAAUGAGACUCCACAUGAAGACUUUGUCUCCUUCAUGGAAACAUGGAAGGUAGAAAUGUAA